AUAAUAAUAAUAAUAAUUCAAAUAUCCUUCAGUUCAGUGGCUAUUUAAAUACAUGUUCCUUAAAUGUAAAACAUCGGCGUUCUCUGUUUCUGUCCUUUCAACCAUAAGUCCCCCUCCCUCCAAAGUAUUCGUGUUCUUGUUGCUUUCCAUGUUUUCCGAAACAAAAGAAAACAAAUAAAAGAAAUCAUUUUAUCUUGUUUUGGUUUUCGUGUUCUCUUCUGUUUUGCAAGUUUUCAGUUUUACCAAAUAAUCUUCUUCAUUUUCUUCCUUUAUGACCAACCACUCCAAACUCUGAAUCUCUCUGUUAGGAAGCAGUUUUAUUGUGAUAACGAAAAAAAAAAAAAUGACUAUGAGGUUUGUGUUUUCGACCGACAAGAUUGUUCCGAUUGUUGUUUUUGGGUUUUUGACUUUGAAUUAUUUCUUCGCUGGGUUUGGAUCGCACGCUCAACUUCUGCCUGAAGAUGAAGUGAAAAUUCUUCAAACAAUUUCCGACAAACUACAGAACCCUCAUUGGAACAUCAGCCGAAAUUCGUGUAGUCGGAGUGAAGGAUUUAACAUGACCAUCUCGGAAGAUACAAAUACAAUUAUAAGCAACAUCACUUGCGACUGCUCUUUUGUAGAUGGCACUGUAUGCCAUGUCAAGACAAUAGUGCUGAAGCGUCUCAACUUAGCGGGAGUUCUACCUGAAGAAUUUGGCAACCUCACUAAUCUUGAAGAAAUUGAUCUAAGUCGAAACUACAUCAGUGGACCAAUCCCCACAACUUUUCGCGCACCCCUUCGAAGGCUGACACUUCAGGGAAACCUCCUCAAUGGUUCAAUUCCUAAAGAACUUGGUGACAUUACGACACUCACAGAACUGUCAUUGGAAGAUAAUCGGCUUGAAGGGUCUCUUCAUCAGAACGUGGGGAGCUUGAAUAAUCUGAAAAGACUCCUUCUGUCGGGAAACAAUUUUACCGGAACAAUACCUGAAACAUUUGGAAAUUUAAAGAACUUAACUGACUUUAGGAUAGAUGGAAGCAGAAUAUCAGGGAAGAUACCUAGUUUUAUUGGGAACUGGACCCAACUUCGUAGACUGGAUAUGCAAGGCACAUCCAUGGAGGGGCCAAUUCCUUCCUUUAUAUCUCUUCUGAAAAACUUAACUGAAUUGAGGAUAUCUGACUUGAAGGGAUCAAGCAACUUUUUCCCCAAUUUAACAGAUCUAACAAAAUUACAAAGAUUGGUACUGAGGAAUUGCUUAAUUAAUGAUAAAAUGCCAGAUUAUAUUGGAAAUAUGAAAGAUUUGAAAACACUAGACUUGAGCUUCAACAGGUUGACCGGUCGCAUUCCAGAAACGUUUGAGAAUCUGAAUCUAAAUCUGAAUCACUUGUUUUUGACCAACAACUCGCUUACUGGAAAAUUACCAGAUUGGAUAGAGGGCACAAACCAGGAUUUCGAUUUAUCAUACAACAAUUUUACAGGGCCAGCAAAUAACGUUGGUUGUACAAAUUUGCCAGUGAAUCGUGUUUCUAGUUACUCAACUUCUGAAAGUAACUCAUGGUGCUUGAAAAAGGAUCUCCCUUGCUCUGGUAAACCAAAACACCACUCUUUAUUUAUUAACUGUGGAGGGGAGGAAACGAAAUUUGAUGGCAAUGAGUAUGAAGAGGACAGAAACCCCGAAGGCAAAUCACACUUUUUUUCUGUAUCAGAAAAAUGGGCUUAUAGCAGUACUGGGGUUUUCUUUGGAGAUGAGAGGGCACAACACAUAGCAACAAACAAAUUUUCCCUGAAUAUGACUGGUCCAAAAUACUAUCAAACGGCUCGUCUCUCCCCAAUAUCACUUAGAUAUUAUGGCCUUUGCUUACUAAACGGCAGUUACAAAGUACAACUCCACUUUGCUGAAAUAAUGUUUACUGACAAUGAGACAUUUAGUAGCCUUGGAAAGCGCAUAUUUGAUGUCUCAAUUCAAGGGAACAUGUUUUUGAAGGAUUUUAAUAUUGCGGAGGUAGCUGGAGGUGUUGGUAAAGGCAUCACUAAGACACAUGAUAAUGUUCUUGUUAACGGUAGCACUCUAGAGAUCCAUUUAUACUGGGCAGGGAAAGGAACUGUUGCCAUUCCUGAGAGAGGUGUCUAUGGACCUCUCAUAUCUGCCAUUACCGUGACACCAAACUUUAAGGUUGAUACCGGGGGGCUAUCUACUUGGACUAUUGUUGGCAUUGUGGCUGCAUCAUGUGCUUUUCUGUUAUUGGUUCUGUUAGCCCUUCGAAAGAUGGGUUACUUAGGGGGAAAAGAUCUUGAAAAUCCAGAACUACGUGGGAUUGAGCUACAAACAGGAUAUUUCACAUUAAGACAGAUCAAAGCUGCAACAAAUAACUUUGACCCUUCAAAUAAAAUAGGUGAAGGAGGCUUUGGUCCAGUUUACAAGGGUGUACUAUCAGAUGGCUCUGUAAUUGCUGUUAAGCAGCUCUCAUCCAGAUCAAAGCAGGGGAACCGUGAAUUUGUCAACGAGAUAGGCAUGAUAUCUGCACUGCAACACCCUAAUCUUGUGAAGUUAUAUGGUUGCUGUAUUGAAGGAAAUCAAUUGUUGCUUAUAUAUGAAUACUUGGAAAAUAAUAGUCUUGCCCGAGCACUUUUUGGUCAAGAGGAGCAUCGACUACACCUUGACUGGAAAACAAGACGGAAGAUAUGCUUGGGAAUAGCAAGGGGGUUAGCAUAUCUCCAUGAGGAAUCAAGGUUGAAAAUUGUUCACAGGGAUAUAAAGGCAACCAAUGUGCUCCUUGGUAAGGAUCUAAAUGCAAAAAUAUCUGACUUUGGUUUAGCCAAGCUUGAUGAAGAAGAGAACACGCAUAUCAGCACAAGAAUCGCUGGAACGAUAGGUUAUAUGGCUCCUGAAUAUGCCAUGAGAGGAUACUUGACAGACAAAGCAGAUGUAUACAGCUUUGGAGUUGUAGCUUUAGAGAUUGUCAGCGGGAAGAGCAACACAAAUUACAGACCAAAGGAGGAAUUUGUUUAUCUUCUUGAUUGGGCAUAUGUCCUACAAGAACAAGGAAAUCUUUUGGAACUUGUGGAUCCAAGUUUUGGUUCAAAUUACUCCAAAAAGGAGGCCAUGACAAUGCUUGAGUUGGCUCUCUUAUGCACCAACCCAUCUCCAACUCUAAGACCUCCCAUGUCAUCUGUAGUCAGUAUGCUUGAAGGCGAUAUUCCGGUUCAAGCACCGAUCAUCAAGCGGAAUUCAGCCGACCCAGAUGCAAGGUUUAAAGCCUUUGAAUUGCUGUCACAAGACAGCCAAACACAACAAGUCUCUUCAGUCUCACAUGAUAGUCAUCAUAAAGGCCAGUCUAUGGAUGGUCCAUGGAUUGAUUCUUCAAUUUCUCUCCACAGUAAGGAUGAUCACCUAGAAGAGUCUUCAUCCCGCAAGCUUCUCCAGGAUCUUUGUGAUCUAAAUUUAGAGUGAUGAAAGUUGAGCAAGGAUUUUGAAAUUCUUAUUUGAAUAUUGUUGCAGUCUCUUUUGUAAUGGUAUUACAUUGAAGAAAUUUGUUUUCCAUGGUUAGACAAUUUGAAUGGGUAAUUAUGUCAUAUUACAAAUCGUGUUAAACAAAAUAAAUUAACAAAACAAAUAUAUUUUCGAUUGAUCAUAUAUACGUGGCCUCCUCUGUUUCUCA